AUGGUGUUUUCUUGGAGAGAAGAUCGGCAUCUGCUGCUCUGGCUUCUUCUCUUCGCAGCCUGGGAGGCAGGGAGCGGCCAGCUCCAUUACUCCGUCCCCGAGGAGGCCAAACACGGCACCUUCGUGGGCCGCAUCGCGCAGGACCUAGGACUGGAGUUGGCAGAGCUGGUGCCCCGCCUCUUCAGGGUGGCGUCCAAGGACCGCGGGGACCUUCUGGAGGUAAAUCUGCAGAAUGGCAUUUUGUUUGUGAAUUCUCGGAUCGACCGGGAAGCGCUGUGUGGGCAGAGCGCGGAGUGUAGCAUCCACCUGGAGGUGAUCGUGGACAGGCCGCUGCAGGUUUUCCACGUGGAGGUGGAGGUGAGGGACAUUAACGACAACCCUCCAGCAUUUCCAGUGGCCACAAAAAAUUUGUUUAUUUCUGAAUCUCGACAGCUUGGCUCCCGGUUUUCGCUAGAGGGCGCAUCAGAUGCAGACAUCGGAACCAAUUCAUUGUUGUCUUACAGUCUUAACUCGAGUGAGUAUUUUUCUUUGGACAUCAAAAGAAAAGAUGAGGAAAUUAAGUCCCUGGGACUUGUGUUGAAAAAACUUUUGAACAGAGAAGACAUUCCUGAACAUCAUUUAAUGAUAACAGCAGUUGAUGGCGGGAAACCUGAGCUCACUGGCACCACUCAAGUGAAGAUCACUGUCCUAGAUGUGAACGACAACGCCCCAGCAUUCGAGAAAACACUCUACAAAGUCAGAUUACCCGAAAAUGCUCCUAAUGGUACUGCAGUAGUGGAUGUCGACGCCUCUGAUUUGGAUGAAGGAGUAAAUCAGGACAUCGUGUAUUCUUUUCACCAGGAUAUGUCACCUGAGAUCCUGUCAAAAUUCCACUUAGACCCACUCAGUGGAUACAUCACUGUUAAAGGCAACAUAGAUUUUGAGGAAACCAAAUCUUUUGAAAUUCAGGUAGAGGCAGCAGACAAGGGAACCCCUCCAAUGACAGAUCACUGCACGGUUCUAGUUGAAAUUGUGGACAUCAAUGAUAAUGUGCCUGAAUUGGUCAUCAAGUCACUAUCACUUCCUGUGUUAGAAAAUUCUGCACCUGGCACUGUCAUCGCCCUGAUCAGUGUGUCCGACCGUGACUCUGGAGCCAAUGGACAGGUGACCUGCUCUUUGACCCCUCAGGUCCCCUUCAAGCUGGUGUCCACCUUUAAGAAUUACUAUUCUCUUGUGCUGGACAGUGUCCUGGACCGAGAGACCAUUGCUAACUACAAUGUGGUUGUGACUGCCAGGGACGGGGGCUCUCCUUCUUUGUGUACCACGGCCAGCGUGUCUGUGGAGGUGGCUGACGUGAACGACAAUGCGCCUGCAUUUGCGCAGCCCGAAUACACGGUGUUUGUGAAGGAGAACAACUCGCCUGGCGCGCACAUCUUCACGGUGUCGGCGGUGGAUGCGGACGCGCAGGAGAAUGCGCUGGUGUCCUACUCGCUGGUGGAGCGGAGGAUAGGCGAGCGCUUGCUGUCGAGCUAUGUGUCUGUGCACGCGGAGAGCGGCAAGGUGUUCGCACUGCAGCCUCUGGAUCAUGAGGAGCUGGAGCUGCUGCAGUUCCAGGUGAGCGCGCGGGAUGCUGGUGUGCCUGCCCUGGGCAGCAAUGUGACUCUGCAGGUGUUUGUGCUGGAUGAGAACGACAAUGUGCCCACACUGCUGGGGCCUCACGCAGGCAGUGCAGUGAGUGAACUGGUGUCACGGACAGUGGGUGCAGGGCAUGUGGUGACAAAGGUGCGCGCGGUAGACGCAGACUCUGGUUACAACGCGUGGCUCUCUUAUGAGCUGCAGUCUGCAGCGGGCAGUGGACGCCUUCCAUUCCGCGUAGGUCUGUACACUGGUGAGAUUAGCACCACACGUGUCCUGGAUGAAACAGAUGCCCCGCGACAGCGCUUAUUAGUAUUGGUGAAGGACCAUGGCGAGCCAGUGCUGACAGCCACAGCUACCUUGCUGGUGUCUCUGGUGGAGAGUGGGCACACGCCAAACACACCAUCGCGGACUUUGGUGGAUUCUGUUGGCAGGGAGGCUUCUCUUGUAGAUAUCAACGUGUACCUGAUCAUCGCCAUCUGCUCUGUGUCUAGCCUGUUGGUGCUCACGCUGCUGCUGUACCUCGCACUCAGGUGCUCCACAGCGCCCACAGAGGGCGGGCCUGGGAAGCCCAUGCUGGUGUGCUCCAGCGCGGUGGGGAGCUUGUCAUACUCGCAGCAGAGAAGACAGAGGGUGUGCUCUGGGGAGGGCCCGCCCAAGACCGACCUCAUGGCCUUCAGCCCAAGUCUUACACCCUGCCCAGUUAAUCAAGAUAAAGAGGAAAAACUGGUUGCAGACAUUGAUUUCUCCAUCAAAGUGAGUACAUUUUUCCUCUAA